GUCGACAUCCCUGCUGUAGGUGGAACCUAGUGUUCAGCUUUCUUCGUUUCCAACCGGAGCAUAAUAUUGUGAACACAAAAUGGCGACCUCCUUGCUACGGUCAGGACGACUGGGUUUACUCAAGUGUCUCCAGUUGGAGAGCUGGGGUGUCCUGGGGAGUCGCCUGCCUGCUUCGCUCUGCACUAAGGCUGAAGAACCGGAGAAGCCGGUGAAAAAAGCCAAGGCUUCAGGGAAGACAGCAGAGGCUGUAGAUGGAAGAGAAAAGCUACUGGCCUACAGGACCAGAGUUGUCUUCCCAGUUAGACUUUCAGAGCCUGGAGCGUUCCCAGCGCAGUGUCAGGGUGUGACUGAACCAGUGGUGAGCUCCACUGCCGGUGCCAAAACAUUUGUAGCGUCGGUCCCUGUUGUUGCUGCCAGUGAACCAGCUGUAGCUGAGCAAGAAGCAACCAAGGCUGCGGCACCCACAUCAGAUCCAGCUCCUGACACUGAGACUGCUCGGGUUAUCAGUGGCACAGCUCCACCUAUGGUGCACGCAGGUACCGAAGCUGCUGAACCCGUGGUUGGUGUGAGUAGUGGAAGCGUACCACCGGACGAAACUGCCAAAGACAAAGCAGUUCCAGCCGCCGGAGCGUCAUCUGAAGACUCAUCCUCCUCAUCUUCCAGCGACUCUGAUUCUGACACAGACUCUGACUCUGACUCCGACUCUGAAGAUGAAGACUCAGCGGGCAAGACUGAAACCAAGACUGAAACCAAGACUUCCUCGCCAGAUGUAGUGAAAGAAGACAAAGUUGUCCACCAGGAAGCCACAGACAGUGUGGAAGUGACCAAAGAAGCUCAGCAGCCACCUGAAGCUACCCUGACCUCUGAUACUGAUGCUCUACGAGAUUUAGCAGCACCCUCAGAAGCUGCUCAAGCUACCGUGGAGGCUCCCUCUGUUAGUGGUGAGGAGUUAGUGGAAGUGGAAGCUGCUCCAGAAACGAUAAAAGAUCAUUCAUCUCCUGGUGCCCCUAAUGCUGAAGCAGAAACUCCAGUUGGAACUGUGACGAAGGCCGCAACUCCAGAAACUGCUCAACCUACCGUGGAGGCUCCCUCUGUUAGUAGCGAGGAGUUAGUGGAAGUGGAAGCUGCUCCAGAAACGAUAAAAGAUCAUUCAUCUCCUGGUUCCCCGAAUGUUGAGGCAGAAACUCCGGUUGCUACUGUGACGAAGGCUGCAACUCCAGAAACUGCUCAGACUAACACUCCAGUAGAAACAACAGAGACUGUCACUCCUGAAACCAGUGCAGAAGUUAAAGAGGCUGAGCCUGUGGAGACUGUCGCUGUCCCCAUGGAAGCCACCGCGGAAGAAGAAGAAGCUCCACGGCCCGCAGAGGUAGCUCCUGUUGAAACAUCUGCCGAGGGUGCGGCUGAAGUCUGUGCCCCCGCGGAGAGCACCGAAGAGCUGGUGGACACCGCCCCAGUCGUGGCUGGCGCCGUAGGCGAGGAGCUGGAGGCGGAAACCCCAGCAGAACAGUCCAAGGAAGCUGCAGCUGCAGCUGCAGAGCCCGAGGAGCCCUUUGACAACAGCACUUACAAGAACUACCAGCACCACAGCUACAACCCUUACACAUUUGCAGACCUGGAUCUUCAGAUGGCCAAGUUCCGUCUCCCUCAGCCCUCCUCUGGUAGACCCUCUCCCAGGCACUAGAACCGAAGAACUCAUCAGCAGCAUAUUUGUGCUUAAUGAUGGUGAUGAUGCUGUCCCUCUUUCUGUAUGAUUGUCAACCUGCCUUCCAUAUUUGCAUGAAACUCUGCGUAUGGAAAUAUUAAAGCGCUCAAAUGAAAAAUUAA